UUUGAAUUUCAAUUCAGUCACCGACGAGUAUUCGUCGCGAUAGUGUCGCAAAGAACGGUGUUUAAUACCAUGUGAUGAUAAGAGAUUAAACGACAGUGAGUGCAUUUCUAAUUAAUUUGAACGCGAAGGUAUGCCGCAGGCCAUUUUGCCAAGGCCGCUUGAGAAUCCUUGCUUUGAAGAUGACAACAAGAGGCAGUUGAAGAGUUACCACGAAAAUGAGGUGGACACUAUCGACAUUUCUGCAGUCAACCCAGACGAUGAUGAAACGGAAGAAGAGGAAGAAGAAAUAGUUGACUACGACAAUGCAAUCGUAGUUAACGACCAACCUCAUCUACCACACUUUGGCAGUGUUUCCGUAGUCAACUCAAAUGAUGUUCAUUUUGGUAACAAAACAGUGUACAAAGGUCCUGUGACUAUAAAACAAUUUGUGUAUCCCAAAAGUGAUGUAACUAGUGAGGUAUUUAGUAAUUUAAGUGAAGUGACCGGAUUAAACGAACUCAACUCAAUAACUGGCGGUAAUAAGGUGCUACAUAGUGAAGGAGUAGAUAAUGCGAGUUUUGUCAAAGAAGACCUCGAAAUUGGUCGUGACAAAGCAGAGGAGAGGGAACAAGAGACUGAUUCUGUAACUGAUAGAAUAAGAAAAAGUAUUACGUAUGUCAAGGCGUUUCCAUGUAAAAAACCUAAGCAAACUUUAUUGUUAGUAUUUCUGCUAAUAUUGUCUCUUACUACAAUUUCUGCUAUCCUGAUAUGGAGGAAUCCUACUAGAGUUAUACAGAUCGAUCAAAAUAAAGACAACGAAGAAGAAGAUAAAAAUGAGCCCAUAGACUACACAGCUGAUACUAAUGCGGCUCCAAAAGAAAAAUUAAGAAUUGUUACCAGGAUUAAUUGGCUCGCGAAACCUCCUUCGGGACCGAUAAAUAACCUGACCCUUCCUGUUUCUUUAGUAGUAAUCAACCAUUCAGCAACUGAAUCCUGCAAUUCUCAAGCUUCUUGUGUCUAUCAAGCUCAUGCAAUCCAAGCCUUUCAUAUGGAAAGUAGAAACUGGAGUGACGUCGGCUACAGCUUCAUGAUCGGAGGAGAUGGCGCAGUCUAUGAAGGCAGAAGUUGGACCAAGGAAGGAGCACAUACUUUAGGAGUCAACGACAAAAGUAUUGGUAUUGCUUUUAUCGGAACUUACACGGAUCAUGUGCCGCCUGCUUUGAUGCUCAAUGCUUUCCAUAAUCUAGUCAAUAAAGGUGUAAACGACGGUUACAUAACAAAAGACUAUAAAGUGAUGGGUGCUAGGCAAUUUUCCGGAACCGAAAGUCCGGGGAAAGCUUUCUAUGAUGUAAUAAAAACGUGGGUGCAUUGGUCUGAAAAACUUUCCUAUGUCAAUGGAACUACCGGAGAUCUGCGAAUUAUAAAGAGAAUCUUCUGGGUAGCACAACCUCCUUCGGGUCCGCGGAAUAAUCUAACUCUUCCUGUACACGCAGUAAUAAUUCAUCACACUGAUACUGAGUCCUGUGAUACAAAAGGUGCCUGUAUUCUCCAGACUCGUACAAUUCAAACUUACGACAUCGAGAGUAGAUCAUUGAAUGAUAUUGCAUAUAACUUUCUCAUCGGUGGUGAUGGUGCUGUUUACGAAGGUAGAGGUUGGAAGGUAGAAGGAGCGCAUACUUUGGGAGCUAACGACAAAAGUUUUGGAGUUGCGUUUAUUGGUACUUUCAGUAAAGAGCUACCACCUAAAAUUAUGGUUACCGUUUUCUACAAGCUAGUUGAUAUAGCUAUACAAAAGGGUUAUCUAACGAAAAAUUAUAAAAUAAUGGCUGCUAGACAGUUUUCCGGCAUAGAAAGUCCAGGAAAAGCUUUCUAUGAAUUAAUAAAAUCGUGGCCUCAGUGGUCUGAAAAACUGUAAAACAAAAUUUAGAUGAAUAAGAUACUAAACACUUGGUCGUAAAGGGACUUUUCCUUUCUAGAUUAAAAAAAAUAAUUUUUUACCUAAAAAAUUCCUCAGUAUCCUAGAAACACUGCCCUAAAGUUUUAUUCUUCUUCUUCAAGUGCCAUCUUCGUUCCGAAGGUUGGCGAUUAUCAGGGCUAUACGUAUUUUCGAAACUGCUGACCGAAACAAUUACUAAUUCGAAAUUGCUACAGCUAUACCAUUCCCGUAGAUUCUUUAGCCAGGAGUUUUGUCUUCUCCUAUGGACCUUUUUCUUGCUAUCUUCCCCUGCAUAAUUGUUCGAAGCAACUCAUAUCUUUGGCCUCUUAUAAUGUGGCCCAGGUAUUGCAGUUUUCGUUUUUUUGAUCGUAAAUAUGACUUCCUUUCCUUUAUUCAUUCUUCUCAAGACCUCGACGAUUGUGACUCUCUCCGUCUCUUUCAGCGUCCAUGACUCCAUUCCGUAGAACAGCACAGAAAGUACGUAACAUCUCAUCAGGCGAAGUUUCAUUUCAAGGCUCAAAUCUCUUCCACAGAACACUCUCUUCAUUUUAGUGAAUAUGGAUCUGGCUUUUUCUAUUCUUAUUUAAUUUCUGCUGAGCUAUCGUUGUCUUCAUUUAUUAAAGUGCCUAAAUAUUUGUAUUUGCUAACUCGAUCGAUAAUUUCAUUGUGUAAAUAUAAAUUUUGGACAUUUCGUGUUGAUUUCGAUAUUACCAUAAAUUUAGUUUUGUUUAUGUUCAAAAAUAGUCCAUAUUCUUCGCUGCAGUCUGCUAUUUUAUUCACCAAUGUCUGUAUCUCUUCAAGUGUUUCUGCGAUCAGAACGGUGUCGUCGGCAAAUCUCAGAUUGUUUACUCUAACACCAUUUAUUUUAAUACCUAUGGAUUCCUCUAUUUUAAUACCUAUGGAUACCUAUGGAUUGCUUUAUUAAGAAAUUCCAAAUACAAACCAAGUUAUUGCUGUAUCUAUGACGAUAAUUGAGCUAAAACUCAUUUGUAUACAACAACGCGGGCGAUGCCUGACCUGUGCAGCUGCAACUAGACAGUUGGGUUCUAAAACUUACAAAUUAAGCACGUGUUAUAUUAUUGAAAUUUAUCGAAAAUUAUUGUUUCGAAAAUAAAAAAAAAUGCCUGGGUCUGGUGGCCAUUUAAAAGACAGUCAAAGUAAGGUGGCGCAUUAAAAUAAGCAUUAUAAUAAAAAGCAUUGUAAAGAUAAUCAGUGUAUUGCAUUAAACCGUUCUGAAUUAUCCAGUAACUGGGAAUAACAAUUGGAGAGACAAGUUGGUUGGAAAAUAUCUACGAAUCACAUAUUGCUCAAGUCAAUAGAAGAGCAGCGAGAUAUCAAAAGAGGGCAGAAUUAUAAAAAAAAGCUUUAACUGAAAACUUACAGCUUUUACUGGACAGUGAGGACAUCCAAUAUGCACCAGGAAUCGCUGAUUAGAGGGAACAAAAUAUGACCAUUUUAUUCGAUAAAAUUGCAGUAAAAAUACUUAAACACGUUUUUUUCGAAAUCACAUUUUUCAAAUCUGUGAGACAAGUUUUUACAAAAAAGUUAUUAUCACCAAAAUUAAAGCUAAUAAAAAUUUAAAUAAACUCCUUAAAAGAAAGACCUUUUAGUGUUAACUAAAAGUGAGUUAUAGGUAAUUAAACGUAUAUUUUUUUCAGUGAGUACCGAAAUCAAAGUAUUCAAGCUUAAAUAACAGGGAAAUGAUGCAUUUUAUAACAUAACCUUAUUAAAUGUUUAUCAAAGUACUUAGAAAUAUCUAUCAAAUGAGCCCCGAACAAGUUUUGUUAUGGUCUUGGCAUAGCCAAUUAGCCAGGACCCGAACAAGUUGAUAGCAUUAAAAUUAUGCUCCAAAAAUUUUUCAAAAUUUAUCUGUUAAAAAUCUUUCCAACAAAUGUUGUUUUUUUUUUAGAUCACUUCGUUAAUUUUUACGUUAUCAGGAUCACCUUAAAACUAUUUGAAACUUAAUUCCAAGGGCUAUUAAAACACGUUGAAAUUAAUCUUAUAAACCCCUUACUUUUUUAAAAAUAAAAGGAUAAAUGGCCCCGUUACAUGUUUCUCGCAGCAAAAUUUAAGCUUUAAACGUUUCUACCUCGGUUAUUUUUCACCCUAUAGAAAUAGUAAGGAAGAUAAAAUAUUUGAUAUAGAAAAAACUAAAAUUUAGUCAAUUAUCAUUUUUUACGUAUAUUUAAGUAUUUUUGGAGUUAUUAUCAAAAGAAAACAAAAAUAACGAUAAUUUUAAAAAUUCUGAUUUUUUAAAAUUAUACCUUUUUUGCAAAAUUAUGCAUUCUAAACCGGUUAAAAUUGUUGAAAUCAUUACUUACGCUAAUAUAAAGACAGUCUUAUAAGGAUUACUAUAAAUUUUAAUUUUUGUGGAAAUGGCGUACCUUUUAUUUUUCACUUUUUCCUAAAAAAUUUUGUUAUGUAUUGUUUCAACAAAUCAAAUAAUCAAGUAGGUAGAAACAGAAAUUACAACGGGUAAAAAGUGUGUUAUAUUGGUCAUUAAAUAUGCUAAUAUUUAGUAAAUAUGGUUAAUUUGUUAAUAAACAUUUGUAAAUAUAUACAUAUUAUAUUAAAUAUAUAGUUUUCACAAAACAAA